CACGGCUCUAUAAACGGAAAAAUCAAAAUAGACUGAAAAGUGAAGCGCUUGACUUUCGGGUCUAAAUAGACUGGAAAUUCAAUUCGCUUCACUUUUGGGUCUAUUAUCAUUUUAGACCAUAAAGUCAACCCGCUUCACUUUUCAGUCUAAAUCGGAAGCAGUGCUCCGCCCCUUUUGCCAGGACUAUAUAACCCCGUCCCUCUGGAGCUCCCCCAUUCUUCAAAUUAUCCUAUUUACAAUCAUGACGUCCCGUUGUGCUAUUUGCAACAAAGACUACUCACAGCUGAGUCAGCACCUCAAGGUGACUCACGCUGUGAGGAACUUAGAAGAACGACGCCUCCUUCUCGCGCUCGAGUCUGGCAGGGUCAACGUCCGUAAAGGACGUUGCCCUGUCCCUGGGUGCGAGAAGGAGGUCAUGCGCAUGGACCGGCACCUCCAGGGGCACUCCGAGCUAACUGCCAAGGCUCGCCGGCUGGCCUUUGCGAGGUGCAAGAAAGUAAAGAUCGUCGCCCAGCUUGCCGCCCUCAGAGCGACCAACCCGCCGGUGGCCAUGGUCUCCACCCUCGACCUGCAGGUGGAAGGAGAGCAGGCCGAGGGGGAGGCACCGAAGCCCCCCGGCGAGGAAGAGGAGGAUGAACCGCAGGACUGCGGCUCUGAGGCGUGCAGGAGGCGUCGCCUUAGACACAAGAGGCAAGUGGCGGACCUCAACGCCCAGAUAGACACGCUCUCGUCCACCUUACAAGAGGUGACCCGCCGGUGCAAGAAGCUCUUGCGCCAGCGGGGCCAGAAGCCUUCCCAGCGGCUGAGGGGGGUGACAAAGAAGCUCCUGGAAGCUCUCCAGGAGCCUGAGGAGGAGCAGGCACCCUUGUCGCCGCCCUCAGCCUUCGCAGCGGGCACGCCCGGUCCGUCCUCCGCCGCGCCUGAAGUCCCGGAAGAGGACGAAAGCGAGAUGCCCCACUUCCCCGACCACGUGUCCGCUCUGAACGAUUUCCUGGAGGAGUACAGGAAGCACCAGGAGGGCCCCAAUCCCUCCAGGAAAUUGAAAGAGAACGUGGGGGGCAAGAUUUUUAGAAUCCGGGCCUUCAUCGCGGCGGGGAAGAGCCGGCUCUCGUCCCUGGAGUUCCUGAAUGACACGGAGAAAAUCCGGAAGUGAGUUUCGCGCCCUUUUUCCCCUGUCGUUUUGAUGUCGGUGGGUCGCCAUUAACCCGGCUCUCUUUCUUUGUGUGUGUCCGCAGGUGGGUGA